GGAGGGAAGGACGCACUUUUCCACGGCGGGGGGUACAUCAGACCCACACACACACUCACGCACACACAGUCAAGGGCGUGUGUGAGCUGGGUUCGCGUCCUGGAUUCGGGAAUUUUGCGCAAGUCAUGGCAUUUGUUUGGAAACUAAAUAAACAACGCACUCCGCUGGCGACAACUAAUUCACAAAGAUGAGUCACGGAGGGGAUGAUCGACAACGCUCAGUGGUUCCGUGGUCUUCUCUGGCGGGACAAAGUCCGGUAAGCCGCACGAUUCUCACCUUCAGGGCGCUAAGCGUCUCUCGGUCACCUUCCGUAAUGAUGUCUAGUGGCGACGUGCGUGGCGCGCCAGAGCGCGUCUGAGUGACUGACCGAUAGUCUUUCUGAGAGAGAAGGAGAGGCUGGAUAUAAACAGCAGCCAGGCUUUCAGGCAGCGUCAGCCAGACACGCAGAGAAGCCACCUCGCCUCUCUCCCAGCCCCCCAGACCCAUGCAGGAUGCCCGGAGAGCGCCGGGGAGUCCUGGUCCAGCUCAGCCCGAGUUCAUGACGCUCUGGGCGGCCUCGUCAUGUGUCUCCUGCCAGAGCCCAGCGCCCAAUCCCUCCGGCUCCUCUUCCUCUUCAUCUUCGUGAUGGGGGUGGCCCCCUCACCGGCUCUCACUGCCGGCUGCCCCGACAGAUGCGUGUGCGACGACCAGCUGGUGGUCCAGUGCGCCGGGCAGGAGCUCACCCAGUUCCCCAAUGACCUGCCCCUGGCCACCCGGCAGCUCAUCAUCUCCAACAACCGCAUCGGGGACCUGCCGGCGCUGCAGCUCAACUACCUGUCAGAUCUGGUCUAUCUGGACUGCAGCAACAACUCUUUGACCGAGAUCUCCGAGUCCACCUUCGGGAACUUGCGCAAACUCGCCUACCUGGACUUGUCUUUUAACAUCCUGCUGCAGAUCGAGGACCGGACUUUCGGGCCCCUGGCGUCUCUGGUGAUGCUCCGGCUGACGGAUAACCCGAGCCUGGGGGAGAUCCACUCGGAUGCCUUCUCGGAGAACAUGGCUCUGCAGGUGCUGGACGUGAGCCGGAACAACCUGACGGCCCUCAACAUCAGCAGCCUGAUCGCCCUGCCUGCUCUGCGGUCUCUGGGGCUCAGCGGCAAUCCCUGGAGGUGCGACUGCGACACGGAGGACCUCUGCCUGUGGGUACAGAUAGAGGGCUUCAAAUUCCAAGACGAGGGCCAGACAGUUUGCCACAGUCCCCCAGAGCUGGCAGGCCAGCGGUUGGCGGAGGUCGGCAUGCAGCUGCGGGCAGACUGCCACCAAGGCCUGGGCUACUGGGACUACCUCUUCUUCAUCGCCAUCGGCUUUGUCAUCUUCUCAGCCGGCACGGUGUCAGCCUGGGUUAUGGGCGUGCUCAUGGUGCUCUACGAGCGCUACAGCAAGCGGAAGAGCGAGGAGAUAGACAGCGAUGACGAGGACAAGAGGGGAGGGAUGGGCGGAGGAGGGGGAGGAGGAGGAGGAGGAGGGAACCAGGGGAAUGGGGAUCUGAGCAAGCCCGGCAUGCAGGUGUGACAGAUUGAUGUGAAACAACAUGAGCGCAGGAGGAGAAAAAAGACAGAGAGGAGGAAACAGAAGUGAUGAGAGGACUCUGAGACCAAAGGCUCUGCGAUGAACCAAGACUCGACUGUCUCUCUUUUUAACAGAGUUAGAUAUUGCAAUAUGCCCUUCAACAUAUUGGCAGAAAGUGUGUGCUUGUGUGUGUGUCUGUGUGUGUGUGUGUGUGUG